AUGAAAAACCUGAUUGUUCAACGUCAACGCUUCUUGCAAAGCAUUCAUAGGCCUACUUAUUUGCAAAGGCCUGGUAGCGGUUUCUUGGUUUACCCUUUUUACGCUGCCAUGGGUGGAAUUUCUUUGCUUUCCGUUUACUUUACAGGAAAGCUUCUUAUGGUAAGUUCACAAGCUUAA